AUGAACGGCUAUGGCUCCCCGUACCUCUACAUGGGCGGCCCGGUGUCGCAGCCACCGCGGGCUCCGCUGCAGCGGACACCGAAGUGCGCCCGGUGCCGCAACCACGGCGUGCUGUCGUGGCUGAAGGGCCACAAGCGCUAUUGCCGCUUCAAGGACUGCACCUGCGAGAAGUGCAUCCUCAUCAUCGAGAGGCAGCGGGUGAUGGCCGCGCAGGUGGCGCUCCGCAGGCAGCAGGCCAACGAAAGCCUGGAGAGCCUCCUCCCGGACUCCUUGCGCUCCCUCCCCGGGCCGCCGGGCAACACGGAGCCCCCCACGCCGCCGCCGGGGCCGUCGCCCUGCGCCGCGCCGCCGCGGACCCCCGCCGAGCUGGCCGCCGCCGCCGCCCUUCGCUGGGCCGCCGAGCCGCCUCCCGCCCUCUCGGGGCCGCUCCCCAAGGCAGACGUGAAUGAGGAGCGGUUGGGUGAUGCAAGUGGAGCAGACAGUGCCGAGACCUACAGUGACAAAGACACGGACCAAAGGAGUUCCCCAGACAUGACUAAAGCCAAAAGUUGUUUCAACCCCGAAAGCCCUGAAAUUGUUUCAGUGGAUGAGGUCAGUUUUGCAGUUCAGAAAAAUGGUGGGGGCACAGAGAACCGUCCAGACAGCCCCAAGUACCACCCAGAGCAGAACCACCUCCUGAUAGAAGGUCCGUCUGGGACAGUUUCUUUACCAUUCAGUUUGAAAGCAAACAGACCCCCACUUGAAGUCUUGAAAAAGAUUUUCCCUAACCAAAAGCCAGCUGUGCUAGAAUUGAUCCUGAAGGGGUGUGGCGGUGACCUGGUGAGUGCUGUAGAGGUUCUUCUGUCCAGUCGGUCUUCAGUGGCUAGUGGAGAGAGAAGUCCUGCAGAAUCGGAUGGUCUUGUUUUGCCUUCCAAUGGGCAUAUUUUUGAACACACACUGAGUUCCUAUCCUAUUUCAUCUUCCAAGUGGUCUGUGGGCUCGGCAUUUAGAGUUCCCGACACUCUGAGGUUCUCUGCUGAUUCCAGUAAUGUUGUGCCAAAUCCUCUAGCUGUACCUUUGCAGCACCCUUUCCCUCAGCCACCGCGCUACCCGCUGAUGCUGAGGAACACUUUGGCAAGAAACCAGUCCAGCCCGUUCCUGCCCAACGACGUCACCCUGUGGAACACCAUGACAUUGCAGCAGCAGUACCAGCUACGGUCCCAGUAUAUCAGUCCUUUCUCUAGCAACUCAGCCACUGUUUUCCGAAGCUCACAUGUCCUUCCUUCCCGCUCAUCAGAAGAUCCUAGGAUUUCAAUUCCUGAUGAUGGAUGUCCAAUUGUGUCUAAGCAACCAAUUUACACAGAAGAUGAAUAUGAGGAAAGGUCUGAUUCUUCAGACUCAAGAAUACUCAACACAUCUUCUUAGACUGACAUUUGACUUGUGACAGCUAAGCGAUACUCACAGUGCAGCUGAACUACUGGCCCCUAAGAGGAGGGACAUGUACUCUACAAAACUCUCGCAAUUGUAUUAAAAAAUUGCUUGGUAUUGUACUAUAGCAAUAAAGACGUAACUUAUUGAAUUUCUUGCACUUCACUGGAUAAUGCCAAAUAG